AUGACUGAGACUGUUGAACAUCUUCGUGAUUUUAACUAUUAUAAACUAAAUCAGAAUGUUACUCAAGUCUUGGCUGAAUAUAUAUGGAUUGAUGGAACUGGAGAGAGAAUGAGAUCAAAAACAAAAGUACUUUUUUUAUAAUAAUUAUCAAGGUAUAUCUAACACCAAUAACUUAAAUUUCAGACCUUGAAUGGUGGACCUAUGAUGGCUCCUCGACAGAAUAAGCCAACACUAAAUGGUCCGAAAUUUAUUUGAAACCUGUAGUAUAUGUGAAAGAUCCCUUCCGAGGUGAUCCUCAUAUUUUGGUGUUGUGCGAAACAUACCUACCAGACAAAAAGACUCCAGCCAGAUAUAACUUCAGGUAAUUCUUAUUAUUUAUGAUUAGAUGGAUUGCUCAUGAGAUCAUGGAAAAAGCUAAGGAUUUCAAACCCUGGUUUGGAAUCGAAUAGGAAUAUUUCUUAUUAAAACGAACAGGAACAACUCAUAUCUGGCCUCUUGGAUGGCCCACAGGAGGAUUCCCAUAUCCAUAAGGACGAUAUUAUUGUUCUAUUGGGGAAAGAAACAACUUUGGACGUGCCUUAGCCGAGGCACAUCUCAGAGCUUGUUUGAAUGCCGGGAUAAAAAUUGCAGGUAUCAAUGCAGAGGUUGCUCCAUCUUAAUGGGAAUUCUAAAUUGGUAUUGCUGAAGGAAUCGAAAUCGGAGAUCACCUAUGGCUGGCUAGAUAUAUUCUGGAGAGACUAGGCGAGGAAUUCGGUAUUGAUAUUAAUUAUGAUCCCAAACCCAUCUUGGGAGAUUGGAAUGGUUCUGGAGCCCACACUAACUAUUCUGAUAUCAAAACAAGAGGAGAAGGGGGAUAUAAGUAUAUCGUCGAUGAAUUGAUUCCAUUAUUAAGUAAUACUCACAAAGAAGUUUUAAAACUUUAUGGAGCAAAUAAUGAAAAAAGAUUAACAGGUCAUCAUGAAACCAGUUCUUAUGAUUAAUUCUCUUGGGGUGACGGUUCUAGAGGUGGAUCCAUCAGAGUUCCAGUCAUAACUAAAGAACUAGGAGCAGGGUAUUCAACAUCGUUAUUUUAAUAGUUAUUUGGAAGACAGAAGACCAGCUGCUAAUAUUGAUCCAUAUUUAGUCAGUGCAGUCAUAGUGGAUGUUGCAUUGUUAAAUAGUACCUAUGUCAACCAAUUAAAGCAAUUAUUGGUUUAAUCAGCUAAACCACUAGCAUGA